GGUGGUGUGAAACCUCAGCUUCGAGGUGGGGAAUGUUCUGUCCUGGGUUGUGAACAGUAGGAAUGCAGGAAAUGUUCGUUUCUGGUGUGUGUGUGUGUGUGUGUGUGGGUGUGUGUGCCGGAUCGCAGCUAAGGUUCGUUGCUGGUGUGUGUGUUCAGAAACGCAGGAAAGUGUUGUGUCCUUCCCUGUGGCUUCGCUAUUUCCUCGAACCAACUGUGGAGACACCCAGGCGUCCCUGCGGGGCGGCCUCUGGUGAAUGGGCUGAACUGAGACAAUACUGUUUUCCGUGUCGAAGUAGUGUGGAGAAGACGGGUUCCUUGAGUUGAUUGGUCCUUGUGAAGGUGGAGGGGGGACAACGUUCGGUUCGGAGGUGUAACAUAAGUAAGUAAGCUUCUCGCCUGUUGUUAUGUAGGCGGCUGUCAUGUUAUUGAUUAUCUGUCGGUACAGAGUUAAUUCCUUGAUUAACGGUAAGCAGUCAAACGGGGGGGAGAGGUGAAUUCACCACAAGGGUAGAAGGAGGGGGGAAGCGAAAUGGCGGGAAAGGGUCCUGACUGGGCGGGGUUAUUGAAAUGGAGUGUGAAACAAUCAGACGGAACGAGACCGAGUCGGCAAAUAAGCGAGGAAGAUCGGAAAUGGUUUCAAGAGGCGAUGAGCGCCCAGACCAUCGAUGUCAUUAAACGGAUGAAGGAGAUCACGAUGGUCAUGAACAUUCCAAGUGAGACGCUACAAGAACAAGGAGUGACCGUUGAGGAACUGGAGUCCAUGCUGGAAGAGCUGCAGGACCAUGUGGAAUGCAUCGACAUGGCAAACGAUCUACACGCCAUUGGGGGACUGAAGCCACUUUUAGGGUUCCUUCACAGCAAAGAGCCAUGCUUGAGAGCACGGGCGGCGGAGGUGGUGUCGACGAUGGUGCAAAAUAACCCAAAAAGUCAGCAAAAUAUUAUGAAUGCUGGUGGGCUCGAACCGCUGAUUUACAACUUCACAUCGGAUGAAGACGUUUUGGUGCGAACGAAGUCUCUGGGCGCGAUCUCUCAACUCAUUCGGCACAACAAGGCGGGACUUGAGGCGUUUCGCAUGAGUGCUGGUUUUUCCAAGCUCAAGGAGGCUAUGACGUCCGAUCAUCCAAAGUUGCGGAGAAAGGCUCUCUCGGUGCUGCUCUACGUGAUCGAAGCGUCGCCUUCCGAUUCGAAAAGCACCAUCCGAUUGGGCUUCGUCAAACCGUUGGUAUCGAUGGCUAGUAGCAAUUCCAAUUGGGAGAUACGAGAGGCGGCGUUGCUGGUCCUCCAGGAGCUAGCGCGUCGAGGUGGGGAAGAGGUCCAGGCAUGUAAAGAGGAAGGGAUGCUGAAAGAGAAUCUGACGGCGAGGAUCGACGAGAUCGUUCAAGGCAAGGGGGAUGCGUCGAUGGAGGAAAGAAUGCUCAUUGAUGCUCUCUGGCAAGAAUGCUACAAGCAGACGUCUCCGUUGAGGGAGAAGAGUUUGUUGCUGCCCAUUCAUUCUGGAGAACGACCUGUCAUUUCAGAGGAGGCAGUUGGGGAAGCGGGUAGCUUUGAGAGGGAUGCUGCAGGAGCGGAUGAGCAAGUUGCAGCUGCUGCUGCAACGACUGCUCCUGCUGGUAGUGCAGGCGAGAAAACGGCGGGAAGCACGGAUUCGACAGGGCGAGGAGCAGAAGGAAGAAAAGAAGGAGCGAGCCCUGUGCUGAGCCUGACGGCACCUCCUGGAAGAGGAUGAAGGCAUGAUCGAGUGCCCUUGCAAAUUGGGAGGUCGCUGCUUUUACUUGUAUUCUUCGCGCCCAGCAACAUCUUGUACGACUCGACGAAUUCCGAAGGUGGAUCGAUGAAGACGAAGAGUGGUGCAUGACGUACUGUACGGUGGAGACGCAGUGGAGGUUUUGAAGUUUUAUCUGUCGAAGGUGCUGAAUGAAAAAGUGCGUGAGCGUACCCUUCGUUCAACUGUCCCCUGGCUUCCAGAGUUUCUCUCUUCUUUCCUCCACGUCGUUUUUACUGUGUUCGACUCUCUCUCUCUCUCUCCCUCGAGCCCGCGUCACCGUCAUGGCUCAGUGCGCGGACUGGGGAGUGGCCUGGAUGGUCAGAUGAGGAGAAGGAGCACAGGCUACUAAGUAAGCUGACGAUACCGAAACUUGCAGGUCGCCAGAAUGGAGAAGUACAAAACCGUGGCCCGGCGGGAGAGGAUAGUGGUUGGAACGGCCUCUCACAGACGGUAGGUACAUGCGUGUUCUCCCUUCCCCACUCCCCGGGCGCCGAACGUUGAUGAGUUUGUUUGAUCUCCGACUGUCAUGGAAGGUGUGAGACUCUGCCUUUCGGAACAGAGUGGGUUGUGUUCAGCCUGCUACCUGGAGAGCGAACAGGUUUGCUCUGAAAGCGGGUUUCAGAUCUCUCACGGGCUCAGAGAAUUCAGGAUAUCACAAAUGACCUCUGCCUAGCAAUCAUCUGCCGGUACGUAAAUAAAUGCGUAGGUGGGUGGAGAGGAGCAGAUCUCCAUUUCCUUUCUUGGAUAUUGGAGGAACUAUAUAGAGCGCGCCUUGGCGGUCGUUUUUUUAGGUUUCUUUUUGCUUCCCAAGAGGUUGCGUUUCCAUUUCCCAUCUCCCCCCCGGCCGGUAGCUUCCCCUUGAAAAGGUCCGUUGAAAAGAGCACAUGGGAUUUUGUUCUGAAUACAGGGCAGUAAAGGCAGGCUUCGAUCAACGAUGAGGAAGGGAAGUCCAGCAUUGUGGCGCGUCACAAACCAGAAAGAGAACAGAGGAUGGAAUUCUGGACGGUUUUUCUCAGCGAGCAUCGGUGUACAAAUGGAACGAGAAGAGGACGGAUGGAAUACCCUUUAAUCAGGAAGCAUCGACAGCAAGUGACAGCAGCAUGAAUGCUAUGAGCUGCCUCGUGGAGAUACGUAUGUAUCUGUGUAUGGGUGGAUGGAUGAAUGGACGAGUUGGAUGGUGGAUGGGCGAGUGAAGGGACGGGUUUGUUUUUCUCUGAGGACCCAGACCAAGAGCUUCGGCCGCGUCACAAGAGCGGCGUUUUUCUUGGCAGAAUAGCAACGCCUGUUGGAUAGGGAGGCAACAGCCGUCAGCUGGUAGAGCUUAGUGUGUAAAUGAUUUCGUUUUAACAUGGACAGGGAACACAAUGAGAGGGAAACGUAGCUUGUGUGUACGUUUCUGUUUCUUGCGAAGGACCAUGUUGCAAGUCUGUUGCAAACGGUUUUCUACUUUGUUGUAGGUAUGUGACGGUAUAUCUAUAUGUAUUGAACAGGGGGCACACCCUAUGGCUGCAGCAGCACGUGUGUUCUCGCAGGCAAUCUUAGGGGAGGCCAGUCGAGCUUCCUGCGUGACCCAUGGUGUCGGAUGACACGGGAACAAUAGCGGGGUGUUGUCAGAUAAAAGCAUAAAAUCGAA